AUGACUACUGAAAACAGUACUGAACAGUCUGAUCUGUUGUAUCAUACCGUAAUGCAAAGAGACGAGAACGAGAUUAGAGCAUUGAUUGAUGCUGGUGCUGAAGUCAAUAUAACUGAUAUAGAAGACACAACUGCUUUGUUUCAUGCUGUCCAACGAAGUAACAAUGAUAGUGCGGUUCGUGCACUGAUUGAUGCUGGUGCUGAUGUCAACAACACUCAAUAUGAUGGUAAAACUGUUUCGUUUCAUGCUGUCCAACAGAGUAACAACGAGAGUGUAGUCCGUGCAUUGAUUGAUGCUGGUGCUGAUGUCAACAAUACUGAUGACGAUGGCCAAACUGCUUUGUUUCAUGCUGUCCAACAAAGUAACAACGAGAGUGUAGUCCGUGCAUUGAUUGAUGCUGGUGCUGAUGUCAACAUAACUCGUGGUGAUGAGCAAACUGCUUUGUUUGAUGCUGUCCAACAAAGUAACAACGAGAGUGUGGUUCGUGCACUGAUUGAUGCUGGUGCUGAUGUCAACAUAACUGAUAAAUAUAGAGAGAAAACUGCUUUGAUUUAUGCUGUGCAACAAAGUAACAACGAGAUUGUAGUCCGUUCAUUGAUUGAUGCUGGUGCUGAUGUCAACAAAACUGAUAACUAUGGCCAAACUGCUUUGUUUUUUGCUGUCCAUGUAAGUAACAACGAGAGUGUGGCUCGUGCAUUGAUUGAUGCUGGUACUGAUAUCAAUAUAACUGAUGAGGAAGACAGAACUGCUUUGUUUUAUGCUGUCCAACAUAGGAACGAGAGUGUGGUUCGUGCAUUGAUUGAUGCUGGUACUGAUGUUAAUAUUACUGAUUCAGAAGACAGAGCUGCUUUGUGUUAUGCUGUCCAACGAAGUAACAACGAGAGUGUAGUACGUGCAUUGAUUGAUGCUGCUGCUGAUGUCAACAAUACUGAUGAGGAUGGUAAAACUGCUUUGUUUUUUGCUGUCCAACAAAGUAACAACGAGAGUGUGGUUCGAGCAUUGAUUAAUGCUAGUGCCGAUGUCAACAUGACUCGUGGUGAUGAGCAAACUGCUUUGUUUGAUGCUGUCCAACAAAGUAACAACGAGAGUGUGAAAGGUCAAAGUUAG